ACAUAAUCGUCAUGAUUAUUGUUAUCUAAAGACAGUUUGUAAACGUUUCUUUUGUCAGUCAUCGGACAAUCGUUCGCAUUUGAACAUGUUUCGUUACAAAAUUUUCGACAGUGGACGUUUGCUUGUGUAUAAUAAAAUAGAAAAGUGUAGGCAUUCAGGGCGCAUAUUUACUCUAUCCGGAUAUUAUAAAAGAUGUACCUCCACUUCUGCAAGACUGUGGAGACCUGUAUUAACUCAAGCGAAUUACGAUUCAAAGCGAAAUAAUCAAAUUGUUAAUGAGAAGAAGCAGUCUACCUUCACCGAAAGGAGCCAUCUAAAAUAUGCAAGAAGAUUGGUAAUUAAAUUAGGCACUGCAGUACUUACAAGGGAAGAUGAAGCUGGGAUUGCCCUGGGACGCCUAGCAUCUAUUGUUGAGCAGGUGGCUGAAUGUCAAAACUCUGGACGAGAAUGUCUUAUGGUCACAAGCGGUGCUGUUGCUUUCGGGAAACAAAAGCUAACUCAAGAACUCCUUAUGUCUUUGUCGAUGAGAGAAACGUUGUCACCCAAAGAUCAUACAAGAGAAGAAGCUCACACACUUCUUGAACCAAGAGCAGCCGCUGCCGUAGGUCAAUCUGGAUUAAUGUCUCUGUACGAUGCCAUGUUUGCGCAAUACGGUGUCAAAAUUGCACAAGUUUUGGUAACCAAACAUGACUUUUAUAACGACUCGACUCGGACAAACUUGUACAGUACAUUAUCCGAAUUGAUUAGUUUAAAUAUCGUGCCAAUUAUCAACACCAACGACGCUGUGGAACCACCACCCCAAUCCGAUGAACCGGUUGAUGGAAAAGGCGCAAAGCGUGGUUUGCGAAUUAAAGAUAAUGAUAGUUUAGCUGCUAUGCUGGCAGCUGAGAUAAAUGCGGAUUUGUUAAUUCUUAUGUCAGAUGUAGAUGGUAUAUACACAAAGCCACCUUGGGAGGAAGGUGCGCGGUUUAUACAUACUUUUACUUCUGAUCUUCGAAACACAAUCGUUUAUGGAACUAAAUCUAAGGUAGGAACUGGAGGUAUGGAUUCUAAAGUCAACGCGGCUACUUGGGCCAUCGAUCGCGGCGUAACCGUAGUUAUAUGUAAUGGCAUGUUGGAGAAAGGUAUAGAAACAAUUUUAUCAGGACGGAAAGUAGGUACCUUUUUUACCGACUCGAGUUUGUCAGGAGCACCAUCCGUAGACGUUAUGGCUGAAAAUGCACGCAAUGGAGGACGAAAACUGCAAACUCUUACGCCGGAUAGCAGGGCAGCGUGCGUACAGAUGUUAGCGGACCUUUUGAUUUCUAGACAAAAGGAAAUAUUAGAAGCUAAUCAAUUGGACAUGGUAGAAGCCGAGAAAACAGGUCUUUCAAGUGCUUUGCUUAGCAGGCUGUCGUUAACUCCUGCAAAACUAAAAGACCUAGCAAUUGGACUGAAGCAAAUUGCGGAUUCCAGCAGCAACAUAGUAGGACGGGUAUUGCGAAGAACAAAAUUAUCCGACGGAUUACUCCUUAAGCAAAUCACAGUUCCGAUUGGAGUUCUACUGGUAAUAUUUGAAUCACGACCCGACACACUACCACAGGUUGUUUCGCUUGCAAUUGCGUCGGGUAAUGGUUUGCUACUGAAAGGAGGAAAAGAAGCAUGGCACAGCAACAGAGCACUGAUGAACCUUGUUCGGGAAGCUCUUCGAUUAGUGGACGCAGAAAACGCAAUAUCUUUGGUUUCUACAAGGGAAGAGGUUAGUGAUCUGCUCACUAUGGAAAAUUACAUAGAUCUUAUUAUACCUCGUGGAUCUAGUGAAUUGGUUCGCACUAUAAUGUCUCAAAGUCAAAACAUUCCGGUUUUGGGACAUGCAGAUGGUAUUUGCCAUGUAUACGUUGAUAAAGAUGCAGACUUGCAAAAAUCUCUCAAGGUAAUACGAGAUUCAAAAUGCAACUAUCCUGCGGCUUGCAAUGCGUUGGAAACCCUGUUAAUACACGAGGACCUUAUGAAAACGCCGUUCUUCAAUGACGUUUGUAAUAUGUUAAAGAAAGAAAGUGUAAAAAUAUAUUCGGGCCCACAACUAUCGCAGUUGCUAACAUUCGGUCCGCCACAAGCCAAAACAUUGAAACACGAAUAUGGCUGCUUGGAGUGUUGUAUAGAAGUAGUUAAGAAUUUAGACGAGGCUAUACAUCAUAUACAUACGUAUGGAAGUUCGCACACAGACGUGAUUUUAACUGAAAACGAGGAAACGGCGGACAGCUUUUUAAAAAAAGUUGAUAGUGCUUGCGUUUUUCACAAUGUAAGUUCAAGAUUUUCGGACGGGUAUAGAUUUGGCUUAGGUGCAGAAGUGGGUAUCAGUACCUCAAGGAUACACGCUCGUGGUCCUGUGGGCGUCGAAGGUCUGUUGACUACGAAGUGGGUUCUUACAGGAGAUGGCCAUGCCGUAGCCGAUUUUGCAGAAGGUGGGGGAUGUAAAUGGCUACACGAACAACUGCCUGUUUAGGAUAUAAUAAAGAACUUAACAUUGUACAUAAUUUUUACAGAAAGGCGGCAUUAAGUACCGUACAAUAAAGCUAUGACGAAUUUUGUGAUA